UCUAUUUUUUUUCCUCACCCUCACUCUUUUUUUUUUCUCACUCUUUUUCACACACAUUGUCGUUCCCGCUCACCCUGACCAUUUUCUUUCCAUUACCAUCACCCUCUCUAACGACGACAUCCAUGCCAGCGGCAAUAAGUUCACGAUUCGUCUUCUUUCUAUCACGAUUCCUUAUAUGCUACUCACUCACCAGAAAACCCAGCAUCACCGAAAGAAAAACCUCUUUCUCAUUUGCUCUCAAUCACUUCCUCAUUCACCACCCAGUGUCGCAAACCCACGACCGCUACCAUCAUAUGUGUUUUUUUCUCAGAUUCACCACAAAUCUAUUAAUCCUUGUUUAAUAUGUAUGAGGCUUUCUAAUAACAUCUUACAAAGUCACAUGCAUAAGUCAUUAAUUCUAGCUGGCACAAACACUACAACGUCAACAUUAACUUGGGCUCUAUCUUUAGUUUUCAACAAUCGUGAAGUUCUCCACAAAGCCAUACACGAAUUAGAUACCCAAAUUGUUAGAGAAAGGAAGGCAAUGGAAUCAGAUUUGAAGAAGUUAGAGUAUUAUCAAGGAAACAAUGCGUUUGUAUCCGCCCGCACCACUCAACCUACCUCAUGA